AUGCACCUCCACACCCAGGAGGGAUUAUGUCCUUUUCAUUCCAGUGGACUGUUGGCGGCCGAGGCGACGGCUCUCGCAGCGCCCCUCAGGGCCCCCUUUCGGAGGAAGGAGAGUGGGAGGAACCCAGAUCGGCCAGGUGGGCGGGGCCGGAGCCGAGGGGGCGUGUCUGGUGGGCGGACCUGUGGCGCUAGUGGGCGGGGCUGUGGCGCUGGCGGGCAGCUAAGCUGCUGGGCGGCUGGGCGGGGCGCGCUCAGGCCUCGGCUCCUCACGCGCGGCGUAAGCGGCCCAGACCCCGCGCUGCGGGAAGCCGGGGUGGCGUGUGCGCGUCGCCUGCGAGCCGAGGCAGCCGCGGGAGGAGGAGCAGCGGGCACUGAGGUAGGCGCACAGACGCGGGGCCUUAGGCCGGUUCUCCUUGGGAGCCCCCGGCCCUCCACGGGCUGGCGAGGCCGAGGGGCGGCGCACAGAGCCCGGGGCGGGCGGGGCCGGGGGCGGGGUCUGGCCUGGCCGCAAGGGCCGCGCGCGGUGAAGGGACUCCUGGUAGAACGCAGGCACGCCACGCCGGAGGACUCCCGUGGCUGGCGGCCGUGGAGAACGGUGGCCCGGGAGCUCCGCGGAGGAGGCCAGGGGGCCGGAUGGCCGGCGCCUCCCACCUCGCGGGACGCCCGGGCCGGGAACUCGUUAACAGGAAAGCUUGGCAGGGCAGCAAAUGCCAAGGUUCUGGAAGAACUGAGAGUCACGUCGUUAGGCGCUGAGGCUUUAUUUUCCUUCCCCGCCCCCUGCCCGGCCUCGACCCGACUUGGCCAAAGAAGGAUGUGUCACCAGUUCGGGGCUGCGGGCGGGAUCCCAGCCACUCUGGGCACAGGGGCACCUGAAACAAAGGUAUCGGGCGACCGAGUGGCUGAGCUGCGAGCACCUCAGCCGGUCCCACGGUCGCGCCGGCCGGGCUGCAGGCUUGAGGGGCGUUCUCCUUGGGGACCGCUCGAUGGAAACCAGCUGGCCCGGCUUGGAGUUGAUGUUGCAUCGGAACUGUUGUGCUCACAUUAUUUCCAUUCCUCCCACUCUGAUAAAGCCUAGGGAAAUUUUAUCCCGCUUGAUGGUCUGCAGAUGCAGAGGGGGAGGACAAAUUGCUGUUUGUAAAUUAUAAGGUAUUUUCUUUGUAGAAAAUAGUUUGAGAACAUAGAAUAAAUGCUUGAACACGUAAGCGGAGAGGAUGAUUUGUAGUGCCUUUCAAAAUUGGAAAAGAGUUCCUCCACGGAUCUUCAGUUAUGUACAAAACGUCCCCCGCCUCUUUGGUGCCAGGCAUUUUUCUUUGUUCUUCCUUAGUGUCUGGCCUCAGUUUCUUAUAAACAGAGCAUCAAGCACAGGGACCCUAAGAAUUGCCAUACUAGGUCAGAGCAUGGGAGUCUAGCUAAGCAGGCAGCAGGCUCGUGUUGUAGUAAACACAGGGCUUUCCUUGGCAUCGUUAAAAAUUAUCUCAGUUUCUUUCACUGGUCUCCAUGACGAUUACUGAAAGCAUUCUUAAAAAUCUGAAGAUGGCUCCUGAUUUGCAUGCAAUUUAUUCACGUUUAUUGCAUUCAAAAGGCUGUCUCACCACUUCUGACAAAACUUACGGCAUGAGAUACUCGUGAAAGGAAAAAAAUGGCUCUUUUACACAACCUGGAAAGCUCAGAGAUCUUGAGGCCAAUUCCUGCUGUGGACACUGAGAGACCUGGACUCUAGGAGAUGCUGACCAUCCAUGUUCUUUUAGACUUAAUGCAAGCAUGAUAAGGAAGAGAAGGGUUCACAUUCUUAUGCUUUCUUAUUAAUAUUACCAAGUAUUGGAGGGUUUCGUUUGGUUUUUAUUUGUUUGCUUGCUUGUUUAUUUUAUCUUGAACUCAGUAUCCUCAUCGAUUAGAUAACACUGACUUUAUUUUUGUCCUAACAAUUUAUUAGAUGAUCAUUUCAAUGUUCAGACCACUCCUAGUAUAUGUAAACAUUCAUGUACCAUGAAUUUUAAUAUAUAUAUAAAUUCAUGGAAUGAUAUUUUGGCCAACAUUGGACUACCACAUAUGGAACAUGGUCUUAAAAGAUUAUAGUGGAGCUAAAAAAAAAAUUACCAUUGUCUUAUACACCCAGAGCUUUGGAAGAAAAUGGGGGAAAAGGAAACUAUAUGAAAAGGAAAAAUAACUGCCAAGAAAAUUUACAGUAAGGGGUUUAUUUAGACCUCAGCACAAUUAUUAAAAAGUUUGAAAAUGGGAUUAGAGAAAUAGCUUGCAGCAGUAAACCCAAGUUUAGCUCCUACUGGCUCACAGACUCCUAUAACUCUAGCUCCAGGGGUUCAACACAUCUGCCAUCUGUAGACAUAAAACCUACCUGAAUAUAUACAGAUAUGCAUUUUUAAAUAAAAAUAGAAUCUCUCAGAAUCAGUCUCUCUC